GAAUCCCUAAACCUUAUGCAAUGCAACAACAUUCCCAGCCGCCGCCGCCGCCGCCCGGCCGUCUCGUCCCCUCUCGUCGCCUUCUCAGCCAAGCUAAAACCUCGCUCUCCUUGUCCAGUCAGAUUCUCCUCCGCAAUCCGCCAUUGCGCUCCGUUAUGCAGGCGUUCGCGCGCCUCUCCUCCGCUGCCUCCAGGAAAGUGAUCGCGGGUGUCUCUAGCGCAACCACACGGUCGUGCUACCGGACCUCCCGGGGGUUGGCGCAUGCGGCGUCGCUGCCUGCGCAGGAGCCUCCACCGAAGGGGCAGAAGAGGAUUACGAAGCAGGAGAGGAGGACUAGGAUAAUGGAAUUUAUUGAGAAUUAUAGGGCUUCAAAUGAUGGCAAGUUUCCUACUAUUAAAAAUAUCCGUCAGCAAGUGGGGGGCAGUCACUACACAGCGCGUGAGAUAAUUCAAGAAAUGGAGUAUAAUAAUGCAAAAUUACCACUGAGCAAUGCCAAGGCAGCUCCACUUCAAGGAACAGUUGAAGUCAUUGAGCACUCCAUGCCUAAGGAUGAAGCCAUAGUGGUUGAAAGUCAUGGAAUACUAGAAGUUUCUGAGCACUCCAUGACCAAGGAUGGUGAUGAAGCGGCUCAAAUUCAAGGAACAAUUGAAGUUUCUGAGCACUCCUUCCCUAAGGAUGAAUGUAAGUUGGCUCAGUGUCAAGGACCAUUUCGAUUUCCUGAGCACUCAAGGCCUAAGGACGACAGUGGAAAUGUUGCUAAACAUGAUAUGGACACUCCAGAAACCUGUAAGACUGCAGACUUCCCCGCUUUAUCUGAUCAAACAGAGAGCGAGAUAAUGGAGGACCUAACGGACAAACCAGACCCUGGAAACCAGCAAAGGGAAAUAGAAGCUAUCAAAUUUAAUUUGAAGCAUUAUGAAAAACCCUUGAAUGCAAAUGAUUCAAAUGCAAAGACGCAUGCCAGAGAAGACAACCCAAAGCUUGAGGAAUCCGCGAACACAGGACUUUUGGGCAGCCUGAAAUCUUUUGCUUAUGGCAUCAGAAACUUCUGGAAAAAUCUGUAAAUGUCUUUCUUUUUGGCCGUCGCCUAGCACGCUUGGUCCUCGUGGCUUCAUCAAUUUCUAAAGCUAUGGUCACUAGACCGUGCAUAUGACGGUGCAUCACACUAUUUUACGCUGCAAACUAUACGGUUUGCAGAGUGGAGUUUGAAAAUGGAGGCGAGAUGAGUAAAGUAUCUGGAGAUAGCCUAAUCGGACUAAAAUUGAGAAGGCUACAGAAUUGAUAACUUGUCCCUUUGUUAAGUGUUUGCGAUACAGGGCCAAUUUGUAAAGUUCUUUUUAUGCGAUACAACUAAUGUCAACUUCUCGCUGUGGCACUUUGAUAAAGCUAGAUACAAGGAUUAUUGUUACUGCCCUGUUGUGCUGGUGGUAACUUUGUGUUUGUCAA